AUGCUACGGGCAAGAAGCAGAAUGCCAGUGAAUUUAUUUGUUUACAGUUGAAAAGUUUGUAAAAAUAAAAUAAAACAAUUGAUUUAUAAUAAAUGGCUGCCACGCGCUCGCGUCGCCACAAUGCUGGCAACAAAAUAGCAAAAUUGCUCGAUGAAGAGGAGGACGAUUUUUAUAAAACUUCAUAUGGCGGCUUUCAGGACGAAGAAGGCGACAAGGAAUAUGUACAAAAAGACGAAGAAGAGGAUGUCGUGGAUUCAGAUUUCAGCAUAGAUGAACAGGAUGAGCCCGUAUCUGACCAAGAGGAUGCGCCCGACAAAAAACGCAAACGCGGUGGCGUCAACACCAAGGCGUAUAAGGAACCGGCUAAACCAGCUAUCAAGAAGGAAACAAAAGCCGUGCCUGCUCUGCACAAAAAGCGUGGCGGUGGGGGCGUGGUCAAGCGCAGGGUGCGCCCUCGAUUCACAGUCUUGGACUCGGGUCGGAAAUCCAUACGCACCUCUACAGCCAUCAAAACACAGGCCACAAAAAUACGGCUCAAGGAACUGGACGAUGCACGUAAACGCAAGAAGAAAAAGAUACGCGUAGAGGAUUAUAUGCCCACGCAGGAGGAGCUGCUUGAGGAGGCAAAGAUAACCGAGGAGGAGAACAUCAAAUCACUGGAGAAAUUCCAGAAAAUGGAGCUCGAGAAAAAGAAAACGCGUCCUACCAAGCGAGUUUUCACGGGGCCAACUAUACGCUAUCAUUCAUUGACCAUGCCGGUCAUACGUAAUAUGCCUACACGCAACACCACCAUCCAACCAAAUGAUCCGAACAGUGCACUUGGCAAAUGCGAGCGUACUUUUGUAACCAUUGAGAAUGAUUUCAAUGAUAAGGCUUUCCAUGCGAUUUUCCGCCCGAAACGCCCGCCAAAGACCUCAAGCGGCAUUUGCCCCAUAACCAGACUGCCAGCUCGCUACUUUGAUCCAGUUACCCAACAGCCCUACUACAGCAUUCAGGCCUUCAAGAUACUGCGCGAGGCCUACUACAUGCAGCUGGAACAGCAGUGCAGCAACAGCGAACAGCCCGAGUUGGCCAAGUGGAUGGAGUGGCGUAAGCUGGUCAAGGAGAAUCGCCAAAAGGCGGCUACAGCGGUAAAAAAUGUUAAUGUCAAUUGAAAACAUAUAACUUUUUACCAGCUGUUCAUAUUAUAAGUUAAAAAAUCAAGCAGUAAAAAGGUAUUCCUAAUAGAGGUCCACCAUGACCUUUAUUUGGAAAAUUGUGUGAAUCUUAAAAAAGAAAAGUUUUCCAUAUUAUAUUUGGACUGUUUCUACUAUUAGAGCUGCAUGCUUUAAUAUUAUGAUAUUAACAAGAUUCGCUCGUAUGUUUUUUUAAGUUACCAACCAUGUAAAACGCGAAAAUUUCUUAUGCACAAACUUAAUUUUUAAAUAAUACUAUCGGAUGGUUUCAAUACAUGUUCUGAUUGCAACAGAAAGUUGGACAGAAA